AUGCUGAUUGCGCUUCGCGACGCGCUGGAGAUGCUGGAGUGGCACCUGGACCAGCUGCUACAGUGCGAGGAGACGCUUCAGGAGAAACUUCAGGUGAAACAACAAAAGACACAGCAGCAAAUCAACCAUCUGCGCGCGCCGCAGCGGCAGGGGCGCAGAGCGAGCGCGGGGAAAUCCGGGAUGCGGGGAGUCCACGCAGCCGCCCUCGCGGCCGCUGCGGCUGCCAGAGCGGCCGCGGCGGCAGGAGCCGCGGCGGGUUCCGCGGAGGGGGAGCGCGAGGCGGAGGCGGAGGCGGCGGCGCAGUGGGCGCAGAUGGUGACGGAGUUAAAGAUGGCGGCGCGCAUAGUGGCGUCGCAGGGGCGGUGCCACCAGGGGCGCGAGGCGGAGGUGGUUGCGCGCAUUCAGCAGUUGGCGGAAGACGUCGACUUGGAGCCCUUCCCCUUCCCUUCCGCCCUUUCCCCCCUCCCUUCCGCCCUUGCCCCCUUCCCUUCCGCCCCGCAGCAUAAGUUAUUUUCUUCCUCCGCCUUCUCCCCUCUAUCCGCCGCCCCCAUCCCGGCCUUGCUCCCUGCCCACGCGCCCUCCCCUUCCUCCUCCCCCUCCUCCCUCCUUCCCCAACCCCUCACUCCCGCGCAAGGCCCCGCCGCUGCGCCGUACUCCUCCGCGCAUCCCUUCUCCCCCUCCCCCUCCCCUUUCUCCGCUUCCGCGCUUUCCCCUUCCCCCUCCCCCUUCUCCGCUUCCGCGCUUUCCCCUUCCCCCUCAAAGGAAGCUUCCAUGCAACUUCCGACUUAUUACCAACACCCCGAAGUCGCAGUGAUGGGGGGAGGGGCGGUGGCGGAGGGGGAAGACUCGGACGGGGACAGCCCCACGAGCGGGCAGGUCGGGCAGAAUGACUGGGCGGUGGGCAGGCCGCCGGUCAGGAGAAAAAUAUUCGGGCAAGAAUCUAACGACUCUGCUGCUGCGAGUUCGCCUGGUGCUGCUGGCACAGCGUUAGAGAGCAGCGGUUCUGGUGCUGCUGCUAAGGCGGAUGACUGUGCUGACGCCUCUCUUGCUGCCGCCGCUGCCACUGUCGCGGCUGACUCCUCUGCUGCCCACGCGUCUCCUGAUUCCAUCGCUGCAGCCGCAGCACCACUGGUCGAGCCUGCACAUACCUCUCCAAGCCAGCUCCCCUCAGUUCAACCGCCCUCAGAUGAGCCCUCCACGGGUCUCACCUCUUUGGCUCACCCCUCUUCAGCCGAUUCCCUUCCCCAGUCCCCACCUGACUCUCUUCCCUCCCCUCCCGUCCCCCCGCUAGAAGCCUCUCCGAUACACUCACGCCAACCUCUACCAGACCAAGCUGUGCCGAACCUGGCUGCCGAACCUGACUCGCAGCCUGACCAGCAGGCCGGACAGCAGGCCCGGAACCAGCCGAACCAGAGCUGGGCGCUCCAGCCGAUCAACCAGGUUCGGGCGUUGACUCGUGUGGCGACUGGCGGUGCUAAAGCCAUAGAGGUGGUGGUGGGGAGGGUGGCCCGCCUCUCCUCCUUCCUCCUCCACCCCAUGACUCUCAGCCUGGGCGGUCUUGUCGGUGUCUCCCUUGGGAUUGCCGCUGCUACGUCAGCAAGGAGGGAGAAGGGGGGUGGGCAUUGGGGGGUGGUGAGGCGAGGGGUGUUGGGAGCACUGCCGAGGCCGGGUGCUGAGACUGCUGUUGCCUGGAGGGAGGAGGAGAGGGAGCGGGAGCGGGAAAGGGAGAGGGAGAGUGAGAGAGCGAGGGAGGAGGAGAAAGAGAAGGAAAUUGGGGCGUGGGGAUUGAGCGAGAGGCUGUGGGCAGCGGAGGGGGAUUGGGGGGAGGGAGACGGGUCGUUUGGAUUGAGGGGAUUGGAUGAGGAGGAUGGUUAUGGGAGCGUUGGGGAGGUGGAGGCGGAGGAAGAAGAAGAAGACUCAGACGAGGAAGAGGAAGGGAGGGAAGAGGAGGGUGGUGUGUGGGGCAUCAGUGGUGGUUCAGGGGAGGGUGUAGGGAAGAGCGAGGGGGAAGGGGUGCAGGAGCGGGGCGGGGGUCUCCUUGCGUUCUUGCAGGGGGAAAUGAGGCGACUCAAGGGGCAACCAGACGGGGCAGGUGGGGUGAGCAGAGGAGGAAGCGAGGAGAAGGCAGGGAGGAAUGGGGCAGCGUGGGGGGCAGGGCAGGCGGGGGCAUAUGCUGCUGCAGUGCUGGAGCGGCUGAGGGAGGAGGUGCGCGUGAGAGAAGAGGAACUGGCGAGAGUGAAUGCGAGAGGAGAGGAGCUUGAGCGAGUGAGGAUGCGAGAGCUGCAGCUGCUGCAGGGGCAGUGGGAAGAGGUAGGGGUGGUGGAUGCUGGGGAGGGAGGGGAGGCAGGAGGGGAGGAGAGAGGGGAGGAGAUAGGGGAGGAGGGAGGGGAGGGGAAAAGGGAGGAGAGAGAGGACAGGGGGGAAGAGAGAGAAGAGGGGAAGGGGGAGAGGGCAGGAGGGGGGUUUGGAGUGCAUGUGGAUGAUCCGCUGCUGGCUGCUGUUCUCAGAGACCUCUCCGUGCGCCCGGUUGACUCUGCCCAUGCUCAUGUUGCUGCGGCUGCUGCUGCAGCUGGUGGUGAUGAUGAUGUGGGGAUCACUCCGCUGCCGCGGUUGAACAUCAGCAAGCCCAAGGGAGAGUGGGAUGACCAGAAAGAGCAGCAGCGGCGGAAGAAGCCUCAAGGUGGCUUUGAGCGAGAGUGGGAUGGAGUGAGCAGCCUUAGCAAGCCAGGCUCAAAUGCAUGUGUUUCUGCUGCCGGUGACGCCGGUGUUGCUGGUGGUGGGGGUGACUUUCGGGAUUGUGGAAGCUUCUUGGAAGCAGCACAGGGCUGGCUAGAGAAGGUCCAGGAGGGGAGGUCCCAGAUUGACAGCCAGAUGUUAAAAGCGGGCGGCACACUGCACAAGGCAGGUACGGCAUUACUUGAUGCGCCUCGGAACACCAUCCAUGCCGCAGGCCAGGCGCUGCCGAACGUGAUUCCGAGCCUGCUGCCUUGCGUUGCUCGCAAGUACGAGAGGCUGAAGAGGCGCGGAUGGGUGGGGGUGCUGCGAGGAGGGGGAGCCGGCAACGAGGGCAGGAAUGGGGAGCGGAGCGGGCGCAAGGAUGAAAGGGAUCAUGGUCCACACAAGGCACGACAUGGGGUAAAUGAGACUCCUGGCUUGGUGAUGGUCCCAGGUGUUCCAGUUGGGGGGUCAGGGCAUGGAGGGGAUGGGUUCUGGACAGAUCUGGCGGAGAAGGCGCGGCAGUUGAGCAUUGGACGGAAGAGGGGGAGGGAGUGA